CUCAGUGUUGAUCUGGUGAGUGAGGUGACCUUUUACAGUCACUCCUCCUGAUUCAGUGUUGAUCUGGUGAGUGAGGUGACCUGUUAGCCGCUUCUAUUCCUGACUCAGUGUUGACCUGGUUACGACGGGCCGCUGCAGUACGCUAUGACGGACGGUUUGAGUCCGGACGCUGCCAUGACGACGGUGCAGGUGCUGCCAGUGGUGGGUCAGACCUCGGACUUCACAGACGACGAGGACGACCUUCCCACUGAGACGGAGAAGAAACUGGCUGGUCUACAUCUAAGUGGCUUCGUCGACGGUGACGUUGAGGACCAGGAGUCGACACCCAUCAUUCCGUCUACAUCACCAGUGUCACCAGAGGAAGCACCGCUGGCUGCAGUGCUCCCCCAAACCCACAGCAUCAGCACACAGCACAGCCACGACCAACACAGUGGCAACCUCCGUCCUAGUAGUGCGGAAUCCGUGGGAUCAGGUGAAGUGCCAUCAUCGCUAGCAGGGAACCUAGAAGAUGGCCCAGAGGUGGAGAAGUUUGUCCUGGAGCCUGCAGUGGAGGGCUCCCUUAUCAAGUGCCGCAUAUCCAGGGACAGGAAGGGCAUGGACCGGGGUCUCUUUCCUACUUACUUUUUGCAUAUGGAACGAGAUGAUGGAAAGAAGGUAUUCCUACUAGCAGGACGAAAACGUAAGAAGUCGGCCACUUCCAACUAUUUAAUCUCAGCAGAUCCAACAGACCUGUCUCGUGGUGGCGAGUCAUUUUGUGGUAAACUUAGAUCCAAUUUGUUGGGGACGCAGUUUACCAUAUUUGACGGAGGUGAGGGACGUAAGAAAGCACUUACAUCCUCCAACACCACUACAACCACCACCAACACCAACAUAGAGAAGCCUGGCUCCAGACAGGAGCUAGCUGCUGUAAUCUAUGAAACCAAUGUACUAGGCUUCAAAGGUCCAAGGAAGAUGACAGUCAUACUCCCAGGGAUGACAGCUGACCACCAGAGAGUAGAGUUUCGUGCAAGUGUAGAACACGACAGUCUUAUUGAGAGGUGGAAGACUAAGAACAUGGAUCAAUUGAUAGAGUUGUGUAACAAGACGCCAGUGUGGAAUGACGACACUCAGAGUUACGUCCUCAACUUCCACGGAAGAGUCACUCAAGCCUCUGUUAAAAAUUUUCAGAUUGUCCAUGAAAGUGAUGUUGACUACAUCAUUAUGCAGUUUGGUCGAGUGGCAGAAGAUGUAUUUACCAUGGACUACAGGUAUCCCAUGUGUGCUCUUCAGGCAUUUGGUAUUGCUCUAUCUUCAUUUGACUCAAAAUUAGCUUGUGAAUAAUGUAUUUAGCACAUUUAGAUAUCUGCUUCUAACUUUUGGAUCAUGUAUGCAUAGGACUGUACUGGCUAGUAUCCUUGUUACGAUACAGUUAGGUUCUAACUAAUGGAGUGCAUGUAGGUAAUGCUGGAAAAGGAACAGGUCAGUACUAAGUUGCCUAAUGCCUUGUUCUUUCAUACACACUAUAAGCUAAGGUGAAAUGUGAUGCUUGUACUUUGCUAAAGAGCUGUGUGCCAUUUUUUCCUAAGUAUUAUAGAUUAUAUACAAAAAUAUCAGAGAAUUUGUCUGUAAGCAAUUAGCCUGUUUCAUAUAAAUUAGUUUUAUCACUAGUUUAAAAAUUUUGAGUGGCUUCACACAUAGGUAGGUACAGUAUAUAACUUUUUAUGAAUGGGUCUCACUUCAUAUAAACACACUGGCAGUAUCCCAACACAUUUCUUGCACUACUACAUAAAAUGCCUGCAAAACUGUAACCAGGGGUGUGCUGGCAGUUUCUUAGCUAACAACUGGUUCUGAUAAAAAUUGAAGUUUGGAUAUAAAUAUGUGCAUGCCAGCAAGGUUAGAAAACCCUUGUCUGUAUACCUUGGUCUGUGACCAUUGGUUCAUAGAGGUAAUUUGAAAUAUUAGCUUGAAUUUUUUUAAUCUCUGUUUAAGACCUACCAAGCCUGUGCACUGGAUCAGAUGCUUCCCCACUCCUCCUAGGGUAUUCCUACACUCUCUGCACACUUCACACUUGGAGGUUUUCUACAUGCUCAGAACAACAAUCAUCUUGAUGAGUAAGACACAUGGGCAGCAGUUGGAUAUCUUUAUUGUUGAAACAUUUUGCCUACACAGUAGGCUUCUUCAGUCAAAUACAGAGGCAGCAGGCAUAGUAGUGAGAUGAAGAUGUAAUCAGUCUAUCAAUAUGUGUCUUACUCAUCAACUUGUUGGUAUUUUGUACCAUUUUUCAAUGUAAUCAUCUUGCUUUUAUUAACAUCAGGCUUGUUCAUUUUUUAAAUUUUUUGUGCUUUCCAGUUACCUUAUUUAUUUCUCUCUUGUUGUUCCUGGCAUUCCCAUACUACCCACCUUUUCAUUUUAUCUUUGUCUCAAAAUUAAUUUCUAUUUACUACUAAAUAUUUGUUAAAAUUCAACAAAUGUUUCCAUGCUCCAAUUAGAGUUUUACAAGUAGCUUGGGCCAGCCAGACCAAACUGCCUCCAGCACACCUCAAAUUGUAACUCAAAAUUUUCAUAAUUGGUGAAUGUUAAACACAGUUUUAUGAUUAAAAGACCCAGUGUUGUAUGUUUCUAUGUGAAUGUCAGAUGUCCAUAUAAAUAAAUAAUAGUUACUGAUAUUUUGCAUAUAUUUUAUAUUUUGUUAAAUAUUGUUUGUAAGAUAAUAAUAUUUGUAACAGAUCUCAUUACAGACUACUAAUUUGAUGUACAUUAAGGUCCCCAAAGAUUUUCAUAUUCUUUAAAUAUUUAGAAUAUAAAAUAUUAAUACUUUUCACCAUGUUAUUAUACUGUUGUAAACAGAAGCAAUCUGUAUAUAUCUAUAUAGUAUGUUACAAUUAUUCACUUUUCUCAGUAUAUUAAUCAUGAGGUUCUUAUUCAUCUCACAGACUUUCAGACAAGUUGGUGAAUGCAGCUAUUAUACCUAUUUGUCCUUAAUCUGUUUUCUACUACAGUAACAUAUUUUAAGUUUUUUUCAGUGAUUGGUUUACCAGUUAAUACAUUAUACUGGCAACUCAACACAGACACCUAGAGUUGGAAAGUAUUGGAACUGUAUAGCUAGGUUGAAUAAGGCAAUAAUUUUAUUUGCAAUAAAUGUAAUACACUUCAAAUAUGAUUUUCUUUAACCAGUAAACGGUCCAAACGUAUAUAUACGUUUUUUCAACAUUUGAAAGUAUGUAAAAAAGUAGAUCUUCUUUUUGUUUUUUUACAUUUGAAAAUGUGUAAAAAAACUUUGAUCUACUUUUUUUUUUGUUACAUUUGAAAAUAUGUAAAAAAAACGUAGAUCUACUUUUGUAGCACUACACAUGUGAACGUAGAUCUGCUUGGACCGUUUACGGGUUAAAGGAUUACAAAUUGAUAAGUACUGUACUAAUAAUUGUCCAAAAGUGACAUGUGAACUGAUGACACAUGUAGUAAAACACAUACUCAUAGCAAGGCAAGUUAUUAUUGAUCACUGUUUUCCUCCAGUGUGAACUUUAUCAAGGUUCUAAUAGGCUUACACUGGAGAGUAGCAUGGUCUAAUAAAGCCUCACCUUGUUAUGUGCCAUUGCUUUAUGCUCUCGGCAUGAAGAAUUGCUUAAUGUUUUAAUCUAAACUAAUAGUACGUGAAGAAUGUUACAACACACUGAAAUUAUGGUUAAAUACUUUGGAAUGACACUGAUUUGACUGUUAUCACGCUGUUACUUAAUCAGAAUUUUUUUAUUUUUGAAUUAUGUAUAUAUGUUUGGAAUGGCAUGGCCUUUCCAAAUGUAAGUGAAUAUGACUCACUAAUUGUAUUUAUGCCUUUAUUCAGAGCUUUUGUACACUAUAAUAGUACAUGCACUGAGAAGUGUGUGUUUGUCAGUGUAUAUAUUCCUAGCAAUGCAUAUCUGUAUGUAUGUACUUAGAGAGGCACAUAUUUCUCAAGCAUAUAUAGUGAGAGGGUGUAUGUCUCAGUGUAUAGACCCCAAGAGUUAUGCAGUUCUCAAUGUGCUGUAUAUCCACUGAGAUUAUACUUUACUCUCUAUUUUAAAAGAUUCAAGUAUUCUUAACAUUAGUGCACAAAUGAAUUGAAUCCUUUAAUGACCCACUACCAACUGAUAGGCUUUAAACCUGACAAACUGAUUUUGCUACUUCAAGUCACUUUCAUUAAUGGUGCAAUGGUGAACUAAUUUUAUAUGAAAAUGCUUUAAAGUUAGAAAAUGCAGAAAACAUCAGAAUAACCACUAUACAUUAACCCCUGAGGCAGCAAACUUUUCAUAAAAAUUUUUAUGUCAAAACCUACUCCUGUCAAAAUUUAGGUCUCAUAGAUAUUUUUAUGGUAAAUUAAUUCAAAAUUAUUUAUAUUACCAUGAUGUAUAAUCUCUCAAACUGAUAUUGCAGGAGGUAUAUAUUUUUACCCAUUGAUCUGAGAAAUACACACAAAGUGAAAUUUGAACCAUAAUUUAAGGUAUUUUACCUAUGGUACAGUAUUAUGAAGAAUUGCUUAUAGAAACCAAAGGAUGGAAAAUAUAUGGUAAAAAUAGAGAUAACAAAAAUAUACUACUGUACUAUCAGUUUCAACAUACUGUAUUUCAGCUAUUUACAGUUGGAUUAGUUGAUUCGGAGACAGCUAUAGAAGGAAAUUCUUGAUGGCAGACUAGCAGUGGCAGAUGAUAAUGUAUCCUAAAAUUCUCAAAACCCACAUGUUUUUAAUGUUAGGAAAAUGCUCUUCACAUUUUUAAUAAAAUGAGCCUAAAUACAGUAGCAUGUCAUACCUGUAACAUGUUGGAUGCACUGAUACCUAUGCUCUUUGUGCCUUCUUUACAAAAUAUUAGAUUCAUCCCAGGAAAUUAUUUAGGUAACUGUAUGCACCUAAUUAAUAAGUGAAUGUGCCUAAUUAAUGUUGAAUAAACAAAGCCUAUAUUUAAAUAAAUAUUCUGUAUACCCCAUAAACAACGUAGAGGAUGAAGCAAAAAUGUCAGGUUAAGAAUGAUAAACAGAGUGUGGCAUAUGACAAACUAAUAGAAGAACAAAAGGAAGUGGAAAGAGCAAUUGAUUAAAAAAUGUGCAACCUGUAGAUAGAAGUAAAUGAAAAUUAGUUAUAAUUCACAUGAUGUACUCUGUUCAUAAUCAGUGAAGCAUUUAUAUAACUUCUAUUGUUAGAUUGCAAGUAUGUGGUGGCACUAGUUAGUUUUCCCAUGAUGUUACCCAGAGUGGUGGUACUGUACUAGCUAGUUUCCUGUGAUGCUACUCUCUGUACUGGUACUGUACUAGCUAGUUCUCAUGAUGCUACCCAGAGUGGUGGUACUGUACUAGCUGGUUGCCUGUGAUGUUACCCUUAGGAAUGAUAAUGUACCAUGUAGCUAUUUUCCUCUGAUGCUACAGAGAGUGUGAAAGGAAAUACAAAAUGUGUCACUCUGUGUAUCUGUGGCCCUCUUUCCCUUAUUGCUUCUCUAUCCUUUCUUCAUGGGUGCCUUAUCAUUCUAAUAUUUGAGAAGCAGGGCAUUGCUCAUGAUGAUGACAGUAAAUACAUAUUCUAGGCAAAAUAUACAAUAUGAUAAAAUCUUAAAAAUACUUCAGUUAUCAUGCAGUAUUGGAAGACACCCCCUGUGUCCCCUGGCUGCAAUAAUGAUAAGCCUGGAAAAUUCCAACAACAGAAGUUACUCAUAGUAAAACUGUUUUACAAAUAUUCUUUAAUAUCCUGCAUAUAUAGGAGUGUCUUGAUGUCAUAGAAUGGGUGCUAUAUUGAAUUAAUUCUUUGGGUUAAAAGCCCAUGACACACAUUGAUCAGUAAGCAUCAUAGGAUGAUGUGGAUGGAUGUGGAGUUAGUCAGUGCAUAGCAGAACCCAUAACUAAGAUAACCUCUUUAACCUAUGAAAAGCUGUCCUAUACUUCUAUGGUAAAUGGUGACAAGUUGCAUUAUUUGUUUUUGAUUCAGACAUUCCUCUGAUAUCAUACAAAGAUACUGAGUGAUUACUAUUUCUGUAAUUUAAGUUAUUUUUAAGAAUACAGUGGAACCUUUACUAUAUACAUUUGUCUAUCAUGGCUGUAUGUGGAAAGAGGGUACAAUAGUUGAUGUUGUUAGAUAACUUAGGUCCCUUUACUCAAGACCCAUAAUAGAAUAAAACAGCUGUUAGUAAUAAAUUUAAAUGAGAAAUUUAUAGAUAUUUAAAUAAACAAUUCAAAUAUUCUCAGCCAUAAGUUGACACUGUCCACAAUUCAAAGGAAAUAUAAAAUUUAUAAUGAGGUACUUUUCAGAUAGUGUUCAAUAGUGUUUGUCUUUUUAAUCACGAGACUUAUUUUUUCAGGAUAUUUUUAUACAUACUGUUUAUGAAUCUUGUUUUGCUGCACAAAUACUAAUUUUCAUAAUUAUUAUACAGUAUAGUACUGUACUUUUUAUUUAAAUUCUAAAAGAAUGAGAUGCUACAAUAUAGAAUAAAAUGCAAAAAAUACCUGCUUAUUCUGGGUGAAGAAUAAGCGGGUAACUAGCCUGAGACUUGAUUGAUUGGACAAGGGCCUGGAGUGUGUUCCAAGAGUCAAUGCCCCUUCAGCCCUGUCCAUAACCUGUAUAAGUCACUAUGGUAACAAUUAUGCAUUUUGCACUCUAUGGUGUGGAGGGUCAUUAGGGUGCCUAUUACUGUAUACCAGCAGAUGCCACUGGGUCAGAUGGCUUGUUAAAAAAAAUUCCCACCACCUGUGCCCUGUGUUACAUAGCAGCUACUGCAGCAGCAAUUCUGUUCCAGCUCAUAGUCAAUGGAUUUACUAUUGUUGAAGGAUGUUACCAGAGCCACUCAGCUUAAUCCACUGAGCAAGUUUAUGACCUGCAACAAAAUGCCUUUCUUCUGACAAUUUAAAAACUCUAAAUGUUUUAUAGAAUUACUAAUUUUUUAUAUAUAGUAAGUUUUGUUAUAUAUCAGCCAUAAAUUUGAGGACAUUCUGAGCAAUCUCUCUUUGAAAAAAGUAAACUUAUGAAAAUAUACAGAUGUUGUACCAGGCUUGAGAUUUGUAAUUAAUAGUAAAGUUACAGAUAGUAGAGGUUCCACUGUAUAUAAUUCUGAAUUUUUCUUUACAAAUUUAUUGUGCCAUAAUAUAUUAGGCUGUUUUAUUACACUUUAAUGACUUUGAUUUUUUAUUUAAGUUUGUAUAGGAAGCUUUAUUAUAUUCCAGUGAAAUGUGCUGAUAAUCAGUCGAUGUUGUGGCAGACACAGUUCAGUGCUGACAAAUGUCAGGUUGUAAUCCUAGGAAAAGAGAGUAACUAUUGCAUAUACAAACUAAAUAUUGUAGACCAUAGUCAAAUUGAAUGAAAAAAACAAUUAGGUGUUCUGAUUACCAGAAAUAUAAAGCCUAGACAACAGUGCAUAGGUGUUCACAAUAAUACUAAUAGGAUUAUUGGCUUUAUAUCUAGAAGGAUAAAUAGUAGAAGUCCUAAGGUUAUACUUCAACUCUACAUACAGUGGAACCUUGGUACGCGAACACCUCCCUACUCAAACAAAGCUCAGCACUCGACCAAACCAACAUGACCUGCCAGGACUUCACUGUACACUAUUUUGUGUUUUUUAGCAUUUUUCUUUUUUAUUAUUUGUGAUACCCAACCAAAAAGAAAAUUGGUUGCAAAGAAUUUGUUCAAUACUCGAACAGAUCGGCACUUGAACAGCCUUCUGGAAUGAAUUACAUUCGAGUACUGAGGUUCCACUAUAUUUUUAGUAAGGCCUCAUAUACAUAUGCUGCUCAAUUAUUGUGGUCUCCAUAUCACAAAAUGGACAUAAAUGCACUGGGAAAUAUACAGAGAAGAAUGACGAAGAUGAUUCCAUGUAUCAGAAACCUCUCCUGUGAAGAUAGGCAUCGAAUUUACACUCUCUGUGAAAACAUAAAAUAGGGGAAGAUAGAAUAGGGGGGAGAUAUGACUGAAGUGUACAAAUGGAAAUCAGAAAUAAAGAGGAUAUAAAUAACUUGCUGAAAUUAUCUAACCAAGACAGGAAUGCAGUAAUGGAUUUAAGUUGGAGAAAUUGUAAUAUGAAUAAUAGUGAUGUAGUGACUUGGCAGUCAGUUUGUAGAUGAGUGGAACAAACUCCCAGGUAGCAUCAUUAGGGUGAGAACCUGGGUAGCUUUAAAUAUAAGUUGGAUAGGUUUGUGAGUGGGUAUGAGUUAGACCUGCCUAGCAUGAGUCAGUAGGUCUUCUACAGUGUUCCUUCAUUCUUAUGUUCUUAUAGCUGAAUUAAUAUACAGUGGUACCCUGAGUUCUGUACAUAAUUCGUUCCAGAAGACUGUUCGAGUGCCAUUACCAAACAAAUUUGUUCCCAUAUGGAAUAAUGUAAGUUAGAUUAGUCUGUUUCAUACCCCCAAAAAUGCACUUACAAUAAUACAUUUACAUAAUUGUUUGAGUUGGGAGCAGUGCGAAACUCAGAGUACCACUGUACUAUACUGUAAUACAGUUUACAAUAUAAAUUAUCUUCUUCAAAAGGUAAAGAGCCUUGGCCUUACUCUUCACACUUCCAUAUUUUUAUGAAACUACAAUAUUUCAAAAGUACUGAUAAACACUAGAAUAUAAUGUAAUAUGUCUUGACAAAAGAGUAUACUGUAACUUCUACAAACUAAACUAUAUUCUUAUGCAUUAGUGUAGAGGGCACAGUUACAGUACUUAGGUAUCCUUCAAGGAAGAUACCAUGAUGAUUGUGAAGGGCUCUUGAUCCAGGGAAUUGGAGUUACCCUCUACUCCUUGGAUCAAACCUGAUAGCCUCCUGUUAUUCAUUCCCCUACAGCUGUUGACCUUUACAGGUUCAGCACUUCCUUAGCAGUAUAAUAAUAAAAUAAUAAUAAUAAAAAUACCAAUAAUAAUUUAAAAUCUCUAUAUUUUACAUAACAAAUUCUGUAUCUCAUUAACCUUGUAUAUACAUACAACACUGUAAAAAUAUCACCUGAAAAACAAAAUAUUGACAAGCCAAAAUUUUUUUAUCGAGUAUCGUCCCUAAAGACAGGUUAUAUUAUGCAGCAUUUCUCAUAAUUUUUCUUGCUGUAUAUAUUAUUAAAUUUUUUUAGUCUCUAAAUUCUGUGUGCUCUUAAUUUUGUAAUCUUAAAUCAACUGUUUUAUAUAAUAUAAAUAUGCAUUCAUUUAUGUUAGUUUAAUAAAGAAAAAAGUUUGUCAGUAGUGCAAUAGACUUAUAGAUCUUGAGAAACUAACAAAUUUGAAAUUUCUCUUAGAAAGUUACAUGACCUUGUUUCCUAAGGUGCCGGUAUAUGAAAAUGUUACUGUAGCUAAUUUAAGCAUUGUUGUAAAUAUAGAGAGUCCUCGUCUUAUGCUUCUUAUUAGUUCCAGUACAUAUAUCAGUGUUUAUCCACAUGUUUAUCCACAUGUUAUAAAAUAGAGCUGUGUUUCAGGCAGACCUCAGGAAACCAAUUUUUGAAGAGAGAAUAAUCCUAGACUAAUCUAACUAUAUAACUGCACCCAGUCUAAAAUUUAGAACACCGUACAUCCUAUAUUUUUUCAGUUGUCUUUCUCGAUUGUGAGACCAACUAAUUGAUGUUGCUAUGGUGACUGAUCUGUUUUUCUCCCUCUUCUUCACCAUCAUGUAUUUAUCAGUGAUUUGCUGGACAGCUUCUCUUUUCUUAUGACUGUAGUGCUCUCUAUAACUGUUAUAAUCACUGGUAACUGCACAUCAACAUUAUGAGGAACAACAUAACUCGAGGACUUCCUGUACAUAUUUUCAAUUGGUGUCAUAUCAUUUUCACUUAACUAUUAGUACUAAGCUUUCUUAUUCUGUAAUGUAUUUGUUCCUUAUCAUAAUGGAUUAUAUUCUACUUAGGAUGUUUUAUCAUCCAUUCUCUUUUGCACUUAAUUUAAGUUUUUAAGAUAAAUUGCAUCAUUUUUUUUGAGAUUUCAAGUUAAAUUACAAGCAUCAUACCUCACCAUGAACUAGGUCAUAUGUAAAUAUAAAAUUUCAUAUGUGGAAAUUUAAGCUUUUAAGAUGUGAUAGAUGAUGAUAGAGGCAGGUGAUAGUCUCGCUAGCAUCAGGAGUGGCAGGGUUGUCAAAUACUCUCUCUUCAAUAUAAGGGAAACUGAUUUCACUCUUUUGGUCCGUCCCUUUCCUGAAUUGAGAAUGACAGUUCUCAUCUGAUCUUUUCUUUUUUGCAUAGCUUAACAUGACUUUGAGAGAAUUUAUAAGAGAUUAUGCCAUUGUAGUAAAUUAUUUAUGGUGAUUUAAAUAGUCUCUUCCUUCACAACAAAUGAAUAUUCUUUGCUUACAAAACUGAUACGAAAUGGCAGAAAGUAUUCACUUACUGUACCUGGAGUUUACCUGGAGGUAACCUAAUACUAAUUUUUUAUAAAGAGCAUAACCCAGGAAUAGCUCCUAAAUAUUUUGGUACUGUGCACCCAAAUCUUUUAAUAUACACAUUCUUAAUUAAUUAAACAUAAUUAAAAAAUGUAUUGACAUAAUAGUCCAUUCCAUCAUUAAUAAUUAGUAUAAAAUACUGUAUAUGUGCUGAGUUAUUUAUUAUAAAUUUUUAAUAUUUUAGGAAAUUGUUAGGUAAUGCCUGUCUAAUAAAUUUUCUAAAAAAUCAUUCAAAAUAAUUUUGUACAUCAAAUUACUUUCAUAUGUUUAUUUCAUUAAAUAAAUGCAAUUUUACAAACAUAAUGACAGAUGCAGUCUCCUGGUAUUUUACUUGGGAAUUUAUAAAAAUCAAUAUCUAAACUUACAAAUCAUGGGAGUUUACAAUGCAAAAAGCUUAUUGCAAACCAAAAGCACAUAAAUUGUGAGUCUGAGUAAUAGAGCAGUGAGGGAAUUUGCAUUUAACCUGCAAACAGAUUGUGAAGCGAGGUACAUAUUUAUAAAAGAAGAACUUUAAAUAUUAUUAAUAUUUUCACUUUGUAUACAGUACAGUAUGUUAAAUUAUGAUACAAAACCAAAAUAUGAAACACUGCAUGGCAGAAAAGAAUAAGCACCAAAUUCAAACAAUGGAGAAAUAUGCAGGCAUGGGGAUGAUCGGAGCUAUGAAGCUGAGGCUACUACACUAUGUUAUGGGGCACCAACUUAGGUUAAAGAUGCAGGAGACAAUAUCUACAAGUUCCCACAAACAGACAAAACAUUAAGGAAUCUCUUCAUUCACUAACCUGGAUUUUUCCCAUGAUGGCACGUAUUCUUUUCUGGUGCACAAUGCCUCGUGUUUUAAAAUGUUUUGAUCGUGUAUUUACAGGUCUCCCUCAACAUUCGCGUUUUCAACUUUCGCGGGCUUCACACAUUCGUGAAUUCCCAACCGCCAAAUUCCCAGCUGCCAAAUCAUAUUUAAGUUUACCGCCACGAGUCCUUACUACCCUCCCUCCAACCCCUGCAACUGGCAGCCAGUCCUCCCACCACUGUGUGGUGAGUGUUUUGUUUGUUCAUUAUUUGCUAUUAAACUACAGUAUAAAUAAUGUAAACCCAUUUAUGACUGCAUAUUGGAAUGGCUAUUCGGACAGGUAUUGGAAGGUGACAUCAUGUGUUUACUCUUGAACACAGCAAAGAAUCAAACAUUUCUGCUACUGCUAAAAAUAAUAAUAAUGGAGAUGGGAAGUAAAGUGCCUGCACUCUGGGGGAGGGGUGUUGGUGUUGCAGUUUAAAAACUGUAGUGUGAAGCACUCUUCUGGCAAGACAGUGAUGGAGUGAAUGAUGGUGAAAGUUUUUCUUUUUCGGCCCACCCUGCCUUGGUGGGAAUCGGCCAGUGUGUAAAAAAAAAAUAUUAAUAUAAUAAUAAUAAUAAUAAUAAAUACGAUAGAACUGAAGAAGGAAAUUGUACAAAAAUACGAGGGUUGAAGCAGUGGUGGAGGAAGUGGUUGACGCAGCGUCAGUGUGGCUUUGUUUAUGCUGGAGUGAGUAUUAGUCUCCCUGCUCUUCCAAACAUUUCACAAUAAUUCAUUGUAUUUUGUGCUUGUAGAUUGAGUGUGACUGGAGUGGUUGAGGCAGUGGUAGAGGCAGUGGGUGAGGCAGUGGUAGAGGCAGUGGGUGAGGCAGUGGUAUUUACUAACAUAUAUGUUAUAAAUAAUAAUAGUACAUGUUAAUAUUAAUAACAUUUAUAAUAAUAAUAAUAAUAAAUGUUAUUCAUAAUGUACUAUUAUUAUUUAUAACAUAUAUGUUAGUAAAUAUCACUGC